AUGUUCGGAUGGGGCCCCGGCCUAGCCUUGCCCUCGGCCAGUUCUGAGCCUGAGAAGGAACGCAAUCCCCCUUCGAAUCCCACUCCGCUAGACUUCCCCGAGUACAAUCUCCCCGAGGUGGUCCCCAAUGAAGCCGACUCCGCCCUGCCGCACUUGUAUGGCAUGUUGGCGGGGAUCAAGCGACCGCAAGACAUCACGCUGGACCGCUUCAAACCGCUGAACGUCCAGGUAGAAACCAACGUGGAGGUCCAUCGCAUGUUCCCAACAGAUCAGACCCGCUCACUCCCUCCAUUGCCGUGGGAACUAGGAUCAGACAGCCAAAACACAUCCUCCAACAAAGAAUCCGAAGAUGAAGAGGAGGCCACACAUCCGACCAUGAGCAAUGGCUCCCCUUAUCCUCCCAAGGAACGUUACGAGACUCUGCGAAGGGAGUUGGCAUUGGACAAUGAGGAUACUUUCCGGGAAGUGGCCCGGUUACCGCCCCGUGAAGGUCGUUCCCGGGUGCGAGUCACUCAAACGAGGAAAUUUUGGACGGGAUUGGAGCAUGUGGCACAAUACUGGGACACGAGCUUGGAUAACUACUAUGAGCGCCCGGUGACACCCCCGUCGACGGCAGCGGGGUACGAGUUCAUGGAUCCGCUCGACGAUUUGGCGGACUUGGGCGAGCCUGGUCCGACCGAGCCUGCCAUGGACGUGGAUCAGGACGCUGACGGUGAUCACACUUCUUCCGACCCUGAGCAGGCCUCUCAUCCGUCGGUGAAGAAGUACACAGGUCGACGCGUCGGGGCGGGCAGUGAGAUGCCCGAUGAGAUGCGAGAUGAGACGAUCCGUGGAUUCGUCGAGAUGAUUGCCUGGCCGUUCGGCUGUCAGGUCACUGCUCCUACGCUGCCACCCCGUCUCACCAUUCAGAAUUUGCUGUUUCCCGUCCGUCAGUCCUUCUACGCGGCCCGGUCCCCGCGGGAUCGCACCGUUGCGCGUAGUGGAAUCCUUGAAGGGCCGGUCUUGAUCGGUCAAUGCCGAUCAGAGACCGCCUUCCGAGCACCGGGUGAAGCACCAGGAUCCGGACGAGGCGAGUUGUGCGACCUGUUCCGGGAGGUGGGUGGGAUGCUGCUCGCCGCUCAGGAACGUGCGCGUGAGGGGGAACUGGAGCAGCGCCCAGGUGAGGGCAAAUGGUGGACAACGAUACCACGUUUCGGUGGAGCGCCCAAUGGCGGGAUCCUGGACGACCUCGUCAGAAGUGCACAUGGUCUGCCACUGUCCGAUUCUAUCCUUGAGGAACAUGCGACGAAGCCUUCCUCGCCCAUGGAGGAACUAGAAGGCUCACGCAAGCGACACAAAUUUGAACACCCGUUCAUGACCUCUCUUGCUCGUCGCCCCAGUGCCAUGCGCAAGAUGUCAAGCUCCGAGAAGUGGAAGAUUCUCCAACCUGGGCCCAGUCUGUGGGAUAGACGAAUGCGCUAUAUGCGUAUUGGUAAAGCCAGAGAAAGCCUAUACGACGAUAUUUACAUGAUCUCCGCUAUUAACCAUCACAUCUCCAUCCUCCAUCUUCGAGUUCAUCAACGCUAUCUCGACAUUCUCACCAACGGUACCAGCAAUAUUCCUGCCGAUUCAGAUCCAGAUCAGCCCUGGCACGUCCUCAAGUUACAACGGACCAGAUGGUACGAUCUUCUCAACGGCCCUGAUCGCGUGGAAGCACUCCAGAGUGUCUGGACUUUGUUCCACUACCAACUCCGGCCUACUUGA